AUUGAGAAGCACAGUAAGUCUCUUACCCAUAAACUGCUGCAGACUGUGGCAAAUGCUCGCAGGGAACAGCCUGUUGCUCAGGGCCCGAGAGAAAAACCAGGCAUUAAAUAAAGCAUUGAUUGUUCCUGCGCUAUAAAUAUGGUAAAGAAGAUGAUAAUUGCGGCACUGACGCUGCUGCUGUUGGCAUCAGUCGCCACAUUCGUGGGUGUCUUCUUUGGUGUCGGGAGAAGGAAGCAGCCGGGCGAGCAGGUGUACUUGAAGGCAGCUGUGGCGGCAGAUGCUGGGCCGUGUUCAGAGGUCGGCAGAGACAUUCUGAAGAAAGGGGGGUCUGCAGUAGAUGCUUCUAUAGCUGCAUUACUGUGUGUUGGACUUAUGAAUCCUCACAGUAUGGGCAUCGGAGGAGGAAUUUUCUUCACCAUCUACAACGCCAAAACUGGGAUGGUUGAGACCAUUGAUGCCAGGGAGACGGCACCACGCAAUGCAACGGAGAACAUGUUUGGGAACAGCACAGAUCUAUCCCAGAAAGGAGGGUUGUCUAUUGCUGUACCGGGGGAGAUUCGAGGUUAUGAGAUGGCACACGAACGACACGGCAAACUGCCUUGGAAAGACUUGUUCCAGCCAAGCAUUGAUCUUGCAGAAAAGGGUUUUCCUUUGGGCAGGGCACUUGCCUCAGCUUUGUCCAGACACAACAAAACCAUCAUCAAAGACGAAGCCCUGUGUGAAGUGUUUUGUGGGAAAGAUGGUGACGUCCUGAAAGAAAAUGACACCAUCAUAUUUACCAAGCUUGCAGAAACUUAUAAGAAAAUAGCAGAAGAGGGUCCUAAUGCUUUCUAUCAGGGACAACUGGCUCAGAACCUUGUGACAGAUAUUCAGGCAGCAGGCGGUAUCAUCACAAUGGAGGAUCUGAAGGAUUAUGUGCCUGUCUUGAAUGAGAAGCCUUUAAGGGUGAAUGUGGGGGAGUACACCAUGGCUGUUCCCAAUGCCCCCGCUAGCGGCCCUGUGCUCUCGCUGAUAUUAAACAUCUUGAAUGGGUACAACUUCACCUCGGAUAGUAUGGCAACCACAGAGAAAAAGAUCCUGACCUACCAUCGCAUCGUGGAGGCUUUUCGUUUUGCUUAUGCAAAGAGGACCUUACUUGGAGAUCCGAUGUUUCUCAACAUCACAGAUCUCAUCCAAAAUAUGACUUCAAGUUCCUAUGCCGAUGACCUCCGUGAAAAGAUCACAGAUGACUCCACACAUCACAUGAACUAUUACGAGCCUGAGUUUUACCUGCCUGAAAACCACGGGACCUCACACCUCUCUGUAGUAGCAGAAGAUGGAAGCGCUGUGGCUGCCACCAGCACCAUCAACCAAUUUUUGGGCUCUAAAGUCAUGUCAAGAUCAACAGGGAUACUUCUCAACAAUGAGAUGGACGACUUCAGCUCUCCGCUCAUCACAAACGGCUUUGGAGUGCCUCCUUCACCUAACAACUUCAUCAGGCCAGGAAAAAGGCCGAUGUCUUCUAUGUGUCCAACCAUCCUCCUUGACAAAAACAACAAAGUUAAGAUGGUGGUCGGAGGCUCAGGAGGAACAAAAAUCACCACCUCAGUCACUCAGGUGAUUCUGAAUGCACUGUUCUUCGACUACAACCUGAAUAAAGCUGUGUCAGAUCCAAGGCUCCACAACCAGCUGAGUCCCAACGCCACUGUAGCAGAGCCUGACUUUGACAAAAGCAUCCUGGCUGGUUUGGCAUUAAAGAACCAUGAGACAGAGUUCCUCAAAUCAACAGGAGCUGUGGUGCAGGCGGUGGUUUGCUAUGAAGACGGACUCCACGCUAAUUCGGAUCCUCGCAAGUGGGCGUACGCCGCAGGGUACUGAGGUCAUACACACACCUCUGACUGUGCAGAGAGACUUUUGUCCAUGUGAACCUUGACCCCAGAGGUAGGAGCUGAGAGAUCAAAGACUUAAUAAAGAACUAGGAACGUCAUUUGGUCUCUCAUUCAGUUAGAAUAACCUUCAUGUGCUGCAUAACAAUGCAACUCUGAUAACAGAUUGACUUUUUGCUCGUUUAUGACCAAAGAAAAGUGCCUCAGUCUGAAAUUAAUUCGGAAUAUUGACGCUCAUGUCUCAUGCAUUUCUAUGUCACUUCAUCAUUUCAUGUAAUUAAGAAAUGCACAAGCCAUUGGAUGUAAUUUUAAAGGAUAGCUUUACCAUCAGUGUCGGUCAUAAUUUCUAACUAUUGAUGAAGCACUUUUGUAAAUCAUUAGCAGCAUAAAGCCGUUUCCCGUAGUUAUUGUCCAUUAAAGAUGUGAUGUGAGCAAUUGCAAAAAUCUGAAGUCUUAAUUAAGGAUAUAUCCACAGAAAAAAUCAACCCAAAGUAACAGACCUCAAAUGAGUUUUUAGUCAUUUAAAACUUUAACAAAUUUCACCAGAACCGUUCAUAUGGGAUGAUAGCAAACACAGGAAGAGCAGGCAUGAGAUGCUGUUAAAAUCAAGGACUAUCACACCUCAGGGGCUGAUAAACUGUCCUAGUUAAUGACUAAAGUAAUUUCCCACAACCCAGAGUGCAACGGCCUGUAAUGACCCCAUAAUAACAUUGCAGCUGUUGCUGCUCACUGUCACUGCUGGGAUUCAGGGCUCUUCUUUUCUCAGCUGGAAUGUAAAUGUGUUACAUAAUUACUGACGUGCAUAAAAGUGUAAAAUGAUUCUGCCUUUAUCGACUUUUUGCUACAAAUGACUGGUUCAUAUGUGAUAAAAACUGUUGUAAUAUUAAGUGGUUAAACAACACAUGUAUUUAUUUAAAAACAAAUGAAGGAUAAUCUCGGUGUGAAUAGAUCAUUUAUUUUGUAAUUUUAAUGAUUUGUUUUUAUCAAAUUGAUGAAGCAGAUUUUGUAGAUGUUUUCUAUUUCUAGAUUUUCACUUGAAAUGCAGAUACUGUAAUUAUUAAUUAUUAAAACACUGUAGAAAAGUCUCAUGGUUCUUGGUUCUCAGGCUUUAAUCUCAUUCAUUUUACUUGACAGACGUGGGGUCCUCACAAAGCUACAGAGCACCAACAGCAAGCGAAUGGUUAAUAAUACUAAGAGUUUACAGCCAUGCUAUUAGCUCUGUGAGUACGUAGGCAUAGCUCUGUGCUAUAUGCUAAUGUCAGCAGAUAAAAUGCUCAAGGAGAAGAUGUUAACAUGCUGAUGCUCAACAGGUAUUGUUUUCUUUGUUUAGUUCAGCAUGAUAACUUUUGCCAUAUUGGCACUAAACACAAAGCACAGCUGAGGCAGUCAGUUUAUUUGGUCAUAAACUAAAGUAUUGGACAAAGUGAGGCUAAAUAAAAACUUUGGGAUCACCAAAGUCAGUAGGAUUCAUCCUCUGGGACUAUGAAUGUUGUACAAAGUUUUUGGGCAAUCCAUCCAGAUAUUUAAUUCUGGACCAAAGUAGUGGAGCGACCAACAUUGUCGUCCCUAGCGCCAUACAGCUAUGCUAACAUGAAAUUCCUUUUCCUUUUGUUGUGUUUCUUACGGAGCCAUGACUCGAUCAAAGCAUCUGUUCAGGCAGAGCACUGGAGUCAAUUAAAGCAUUAAUCAUGAUGACUCAGCCAUCAGCUGUGUGGCUUCCAGCUGACUUGUAACAUCCUGUCAGAUUCAAGUGUCUCAAGUGUUCUGGCCUUUAUUCACAGCAUAGAGUGGCAGGACAUUUGGGGAGAGAGGGGGAUGAAAGACUGUAUCUAAUGACUACAUCAAUAUUGCAGGCUGUGUGUCUUAGCCCUGAAGUCCACCAAUCCGUCCUGCAAAAUAUAUAUGAAUAUAUCUUCAGUUGCAUUACCAGGCGUGGUUACAAUUAUUUAGAUGAAGAGCACGGAAAUGAGCACGUCACACUAGAAUUUCCCUUUAAGGCCCAAUUAAGCACAAUCUCGCUUCCACAUAGUUAUAAUGAACUUCAGAGUUAUGCAACU